AGUGGUCCUGCCCCAAUGUGCCCCACGCACAGCUGUUAUGAUCAAGUGCGUGAAACUAGGGACUAGAACUGACCUCUGCUGUGCUCAAGAGCAGCUCAUAGAGUCUGGAGCAAACUGUCAAGCCCAGGAGCUCUGCGUUAUUAACUGUUUGCGUUGCGGAUUAACUUCAAAACAGAAAAAUAAAACUGGGCCUCCUGUAGCCUGGCCAUUGUAACUUUUGAUCACCAUGACGUCCAACGUGGAUCUGGUGGACAUAAGCGUGCACGAGCUGGCCCGUGUGCUCCGGACGUCCCGGGACCAUGGGGGCUGUGUUGUUCUGGACUGUAGACCGUUUCUAGACUAUUGCCUGGCGCACAUCAGCGGAUCGCGCAGUGUGAACUGGAACUCAGUGCUCCGCCGCAGGUCAAAGGGCUCAGUGGUGGCUCUGGAGUGGCUCAUUCCAGACAGAAAGUUUCUGGAGCAGCUGCGCAGAGGAGACUUCUGUCCUUUGGUUGUUAUGGACGAGUGUAGUGUGUCUUUAAAUGAGCUGCAGAUGGAGAGUGUGAGCCGAGUGCUGCUCACUGCCCUGCACAGCGAAGUCAGGACACAAGUGUGCUUUUUAAAAGGUGGAUUUGAAGGAUUUUCUGAGACCUACCCAGAGCUAUGCUACAGCUCUCUAAACAAUAAAAAGAUGACUGUGGAACCAAACCAUGGACACACAACCCCAUUUUAUGAUCAGGAUGGUCCAGUGGAGCUGCUGCCCUUUUUGUUCUUGGGCAGUGCUGUCCACUCCUCCUGCAGAGAGGCUCUGGCUGCAGUGGGCAUCACAGCUGUGCUCAACGUGUCCUUGUCCUGUCCAAACCUGUUUGAGGGCGAGCUCCUGUACCUGCGCCUCACUGUGGAGGACAGUGUGGCUGCAGACAUCAGGGCCUGCUUCUCCACCGCCAUCACUUUUAUUGACUCGGUGAAGCAGACAGGCGGCCGUGUGUUGGUGCAUUGUAAAGCUGGGAUCUCGCGCUCUGCCGCCAUAUGUCUGGCCUACCUCAUGCACACUCAGCGCGUCCGUCUCCAGGAGGCCUUCGACUUUGUAAAGCAGCGAAGGCACAUCAUCUCCCCAAAUGUGGCGUUCAUGGGACAGCUGCUGCAGUUUGAGACAGACGUGCUCUGCCAAGGCUGAACAAUCAAACAAUUACUAUGGAUUCACACACCAUUAAGGGCUUUAUUUUUACUUGAAGCGUAAUUCACAGUGGAUGCAAUGGACAGAGUUUCUAUCACAUUAUUGUCCAAAAUCACAAGCUGAUCUGAGCCAAGUUGGAAAAGCUACAAUAGAAGAAUGUGUGUGGUAAUGAGUUGUUUGUUCCUCUGUGAUAUUUGUGUGUUAAUUUAUGUGGUCUUCUUGUUUUUGUAAUGACUGCACUUUGUUUUGUAGUUGUGCGCUGAAAGAGGUUGUAGUUUUUAUCAUUAAAUCAUUAGUUUUUAUUUCAGAUAGAUGGUAUUUUAAAUCUGAUUUUAGCACUUUAUAUGCCUCAGUGUAUGUACUGUAGUUAAACACUGCAAAUGUGUCUUUUGAUGACUUGUUUGCCUACACUCUAUUGUUUUAAAUGUGCAAGUAGCAAGCAUUUAACACAAAAUUAAGUGUUAAUUUGAUGAGUAGCAUCAGUUUCUUGUGCCUGUUUAUUCUUUCUAAAUUCUACCAACACACAUUCGCCUUCCCCAAUUUGAAAUCUCUAAAUGUAGUCGUGCUCUUGAAGUAAAUGUCUUUCUGUGGGACAGAUAUCUUCUUAGAAAUGUCCAGCAGAGGGCGCUAGCAUACUGCCUUUUUCUUUGAUGCUAAAUUUGUCAUCACUAUAUGGAAAUUUGAAGGCAUUUAGUAAUGCUAUUUAGGUAAUGCUAUUUGUAUAAUCAUUUAGUUUAUGUAGUUCUGUGAAAAUUCCUGCC